GAAAUACGUCAGUUAUGUGGGUUCUCUGAAGCUUGACUGCGUAUCUUAAUUUCGGAUGAAGGGAAUGAGAGAUAGAGAGGGGAGGGGGCAGAGAGAGAGAGAUUUUAAUCACUCCUGUCGCUUUAAGGACACUUAUCAAAGCCUUAUUAUGCGAACAGAAAAUACCAGGAGCCACUGAGCAACUGAGGGACGGACUGGAGUGGAGGUUUGUAGGGAAACUCAACGUUAUCUAAACUGGAAUAGACCGCUUCGUUGCCCUAUGGAGUUUGGAUGUCUGUCUUAUCCGGACGGCUCGGGUCAUUUAGGAAACACUGCGCAUAGCCUAAGUAGCUCUCAGACUUCGGAUCCUUUGCUUCUGAAGCGCAGAGCGGAGAGGAAUAUGGCUUAAAAGUCAACGCGUAGUCCUCGGGAUUAUUCUCUCAUUCGACAGCUUCUAUCGACACGUUUACCAGGCGUUUAUUAUCAGCAUUAUCUCGGACGGAUACUGUCCCGAUACUGUCUCUCUCUCUCUUUUUUUCUUGCCAGACUUGGAUCAUGGAUUGGGGUGGUGGAAAACAACAACGGGCAGCGACAUGAUUUCUCUGCGCUGUCUGCAGUAUGCUGCGAGCUCCCGCUUUGAACGCCGCUCGUUAUUACUGAGAUGCCACAAAAGUUACGAGACGAGUGCAGUGCGCGGAUUUUGAGCGUUUCGCCGUUUUUUUGCACCUGCUUUAGCGGCCAGCGCGUCGACACGGCGCAGAUUCGUGACAGAAUAGCGUGCGGAUCCGCGUCGCUUCGCUCACUCUCACCCAGUCGCUCGCCUGCGCGGGGAUACUUGGAACGUUUGCUUAUCGUAAUGGAGAUUGGCGAGGUUUAUACUCAAGGUCAUCCACUGUUGUGAGGCUACGGUCGCCUCGUUAUUUACAGAGCCCUGCACGCAGCGCUGUCUCCACGUUAUAGCGCAGCGCAGGCUACGAUCCUCAGUCCGGUGUGUGUGUCUGCGUGUGCGUGCGUGCGCGUGUGUUAUUUGAUAUUGCGCGAGCUGUGGAGUAAUAUUGCUGUUUCUUUCGGACUCUGGGAGAAUUCUCUGACAGCAUGGAUGGGAAACUGAAGCAGGGUCGGAGAUGUCGAUCCAAGCGGGAGAGAGUGCGGAGGUUGCGGGAGGCUGGGAGCAGAGACGCCCGCAGCCCCGACCCCAACUCCUCCUGCUCCGACAGGGAGGGACACAGUCCGGGGAGGGACGCCGCCUCCCUGCCCGGUAAAAAAGCUCCGCACCCCGCGGCCGCCGCCAGAGUCUCGCGCCCCCCGCGGCGAAAGAGACGAGAGUCCAGCUCGCAGGAGGAGGACAUCAUUGAUGGAUUUGCUAUCGCCAGCUUCAUCAGCCUGGACCGUCUGGAGAAGAAGAGUGGAGUUGUGAAGACGCAAGAGAAGAAGGAGAGGUGGAAGGAGAAAAAGGUGGCAAAGCGUCAGAAGAAGGAGGACGAGGAGGUGGAGGAGGAAGAGGAGAAUGUUCAGCCAGUGGUGGAUCCCCUGGAGAACGGCUUCCUUCAUCACGCCCAGCGGGAGCAGGAGAGGAUGAAUGAGAGGCUGCUGAAGAAGACUUACUCCAAGAAGAACAAAAUGAUCAAACCUUUGGCUCUUCAUCCAGUCAAAGUUGGCGAGGACGAGACUGAACUCAGUCGACCACACAGGAGCAACUCCAAAGAGCAGCUCAGUGAGAGUUCCACUCACUCGCUGUCAGGCCGUGGCUACUCGGUGCAGCAUGCAGCAGUGGCCCUCCUCAAGUGUGACAGCGAGAGUGACAUUGACGACAAGGUGUCUGAUGUAGGAUCAGAGAAGCUCUUUUCCCCUACCACACCCAAAGGUGUGCCAACGAAUGAGAGUCCUGAGUCCAAGACUUGUAGCUCAGCCAAAGUCUCCGGUCUCCAGCGCAGCCAGGAGCAGAGCAACAGUGAGGUGCCCUUUGCACCUCCCGUGUCCAGCCCCACCCCGGCUUCGGCACCUACGGGCUCCCCUGCCCCUGCUGCAGCGGCGGCACCCUCAGAGCCUCCUAGGUUACGGCUUCCCACCCCGCCUCCUCUCAGUGUUAAAAAGGAGCUGCAACUUCCACCGCCCGUCCCUACACCUCCCCUGUUGAGGGCACCGCCCCACCCCCACCCCCACCCUCCUCACCCACACUCGCACCAGGAGCCUCGUGUUCUGUCCCGACAGCACCACGCACGGCCAGUGCACCACCCGUUGCCGUACAGCAGCCUCCACGAAAUCAGCCACAGCAGCAGUCCAGUGGGUCUUCCCAAACAGCAUUUACCCCCAUCCCCUCACCACCACCUGAGUGGGCUUCCGUCCUCGGCCCCUGCAUUGCCUCUCUCCAUAGCCAACCUUUCUACCUCGCACUAUUCCUCCCUACGGAGCCCAGCCCAUCGCCAUUCGGCCAUGUUUGCAACCCCAGCCACACUGCCGCCGCCACCGACCUUACCGACCAACAGUUUAGUGGUGCCCGGGCACCCCGCCGGCACCCCCUACCCAGAGCAUGACCUCCUGAGGCAGGAGCUGAACAACCGUUUCCUGGUUCAGAGUUCAGAGCGGGGCCGGGGGCCGUCCGCUUCGCCGUUGGCCCCUGUGUCACUCCUGAGGGCCGAGUUUCACCAACACCAGCACAUGCACCAGCACCAACACACCCACCAGCACACCUUCACGCCCUUCCCCGCAAGUCUGCCCCCGGCCGCCAUCCUCACCCCGCCCACCGCACCCCCCAUGGUGCGUACCCAAGCCAGAAAUUUCGACAAAUAUGGCCCCAAACUGGACAAUCCAUUCAUCAGACACUCAAAUUUCUUCCCCUCCUACCCCCCAACCAUGCCAGGCAUGCCCCCGCUGCUCCCACACUCAGGACCCUUCAGCUCGCUGCAAGGAGCCUUCCAGCCCAAGGCAUCCAAUCCCAUCGAUGUAGCAGCACGUCCUGGAGCAGUGCCUCAUACACUUCUGCAGAAGGACCCACGGAUAACAGAUCCAUUCAGGACAUCUGUUAGGAAACCUGGCAAGUGGUGUGCAGUGCAUGUCCAGAUCGCAUGGCAGAUCUACCACCACCAGCAGAAAAUGAAGCAAAUGCAGCUGGACCCUCACAAACUUGACAUGAAUGGGAAGCUGGACCUGUUUAGUCGACCCCCUGCACCAGGAGUCUUCCCAGGGUUCCCGUACCCUCACGAUCUGGCACGACCCCUCUUCCCCUCCACAGGCUCUGGACACCCCCCUCCGUCUCCAUACGGCCCCCCCUCCCACCCCAGUGGAUUCCUGCCUCCUAGCCAUUUGGCAGGUAAGUAUCCUUUCAGUCGCUCCAGUUCCUUUGGCGGCCUCGGCAACCUUUCAAGCAGUGCCUUCGGAGGAUUAGGCAACCCCUCGCUUGGGUCCAACAGCAUGUUUGGCACCAAGGAGGGGCCGGGAGGACUGCCCACAUUUGGCAGCCCCCACCACGACACCUGGAACCGACUUCGACGAACCCCGCCGUCGUUCCCCACCCCGCCGCAGUGGCCCAAAACCGCAGAUGCUGAGAGAAGCAGCUCCGCCAACAGCCACGAGAGAGAGCGAGAGAGGGAACGGGAAAGAGAGAGGGAGCGAGAGAAAAGAGACUCGUCGAUUGGCAAAGAGGAGAAAGAUAAAGACCGGGAUUCUGUGGAUCGCAACCGCCACUCCAACCGCUCGUCUCCGGCCUCUGCACCAGUCAGCUACCAGAUCAGCAGCCUGAUUCGCUCCAGCAGCCAGAACUCGAGCGAUUCAGGUCGGCAUCACAGCGGCAGCGUAGACAGGGUCCGCGAGGCAGAGAAGGAGCUACUGGAGCGACACAGAGAGUCUUCCGCACUGGCUGAUGUGAAGGUGAAGGAGAGUCGCUCACCGGGCAAGGAGAUGCUAGAGAGAAGACCCUCAGAAGACUCCAUCAAACCCACUCAGCGUUCCCCUUCCCCCUACUCUAAGACAAUGAUCAAUGAGCAGGGCAUCAAGAUGGCAGGCGGGCCUCUGUCUACGCUCAAGGACAGCGAGAGGAAGGAGCCCCCACCUGCAGAGCUCCUCCAUAAGGUGAAAAAUGACAUGAAGAUUAAGGAGGAGAGGAAGGAGGAGCAGGAGGUCAUGGUGGUUAGUUCGGAGCCGGCCCCCCAGCCACCGGCCCAAGCUCUUCCUACUCCCGUCAGCCAACCAGGAAACCCGCACCACCACCAUCCACCUUUGUCCCAGCAGCCCCCACUUCCUUCACCGCGUGGUAGUGACAUCUCAGCACCUGGCCUGCAUGGUGUCCCCAUGGCGCAUUCUCUGCCUCUUUCCAUGAGCGCCAUGCCUCAGAUGGGCAGCCUCAACGUGCUAGACCGGGCUCGCAUGGCUCCCUUCAUGGGAGCACUUGCAGGAAGAGAGCGCCUGCCGCACACAGCCUUUCCCUGGGAUCCGCUCAGAGAGGCCUACCGCAGCCUGGAUCUGCAACGCCGCAUGGACUUCCAGCUCAGGCCUGAGCCGGGGCAUCGUUUCCCCAGCAUGUACGAACAGGAGCGAGCCUACCGCGAAAGGGAGGCUCAUGACUACUCCCACCACGAGCACCUGUUGGAGGUACGCAGGGAGCACGAGAGAAUGCGACAGCAAGCCGAGGAGCGAGAGCGCCUCCACCUGAGGGAGGAGCUGGACAGAGCACGGCUUCAUCAGCUGCACCAGUCCCCAAUGGAGGGUCAUCUACCACACAUGCCCCCCUUUAUGCCCCACCUAGGCGGCAUGCCCUACCCCAGACUCAGCCCCUCCACAGGACACAAUGGCCCUCUGAACAGAACACCCCCUACCGCCGCACUUAGCGCACCCCCACCCCUUGUGCCAGCUGGCAGUGCCAGGCCAGCCUCGCCCCGGAGGACUACCCCCCUCACAACCACCCAGGACCCACGGGACUACUCCCCAUCACGUAACCCCAAAGAGGUAGAGGCUCGGUAGCUUCUUGGAAAAGUGCAAAAAUGUCUUACAGGGCGCUUUCACACGCCCCCGCUCCUCUAAUCUGAAAGCUUGUUGUAAACAAAAUGCACUGCUCUUCUCCACCAGAGAAGAGCAAAAGUCCCUAAGGGAAAGGGUAUGAUUGUACAAAUUAAAGGUGUGUAAGGCUAAUUAAGCACAUGCCAUGACUUUAUUUUUAGUGGACUGGAGGUCGAAUAGCGUCGGUAAAGAGAACAUAAAUAUGUGUAUGUUUAUUGCCGACUUAAAUAUUUGAUAAUUAUUAAUAUAUUAAUCCAAUACCUUUUUUUCAACUUUGUGCAAAAUAGAGGUCCUCAAAUGAGUUUGUACAUUUCCUAUCCUUGUUCCAUGUAUAGAUAUCAUUUCUAUGAAUUUUAUGUAUUUUGUGCAUUAGUCACGCCUUUUACAAUAUUUAUCCCAGUUGAUUGUGAGACAUAUCCCUUAUGACCCACUGUAAAGACUGGAUUUUGGUUUCAGUAACUUAACCUCAUGGUACCAGGAUAUCCUCAGUGAUGACAAUGUACAAUGCUACAUUACCGAUUUGUUCUGUUCAAUUGUUUUGCCUUUGAGAUAUGCAGAUAAAUAUAUAUUAUGAGGUCUUUGUUGAGUCUCUGUAAAGAAAACAGAUGUAAAUAACUUGUUGCUAUUCCUUCGCUGCAAGUUUACCAUGUAAAUUUAUUAGGCUUUUUAACCAUUUCUAGAAAAACAAAAUCAAAACGAAACACGGGAAAAUCACCUGCCUGCUGAAUAUUGCGGAGAGAGACAAGUGUGGCCGACGGACGGGAAGUACGAAGAGAGGGUGUUGUAAGGAGGCCUAAACGGAUCAUCUGCAAUCUAUGCAAAGCAGCACACAGCACCCUGCAGAAGAAAUCACCUGGAGGGAAAAGACGAUACCGGUGAUACUGAGAGCAACCUGGAUUUAACACCUGUUUAUAUUUACAAAUGAAAUAACGACUAAAUAAUUCAAAGACUUCCAAGUCACAAACUGGACCAGCCCCAGAUAGAAAAAUGAGGACACUGUUUAGUGGGCGGCAAAAGGACUCUCUCUGUCAACCUUGUGGUGUUGUGCAGUUGUUUUUCUUAGACUCUUGUAUACAAAACAAGUAGAGUUUUAGGCGUGCAAAAAAAAAUGAAAAUGAACAUUCAUGGUUUAAAACGUACGGAAUAAAGUUUGGACCUAAUGUCAAA